AUGCCUUUCGCCAAAAGGAUUGUGGAGCCCCCGCUUCUGUGCAGGCACCAGAUCCCCAACGAUGAGGGGAUGCUCUUCGAGGACCUGUGCGCCAUCAGCAACGUGGUUCUGUCCCGGACCUUGCGACAGCUGUCCGACCUGGCCCGGCACGCCUGCUCCUUGUUCCAGGAGCUGGAGAACGACAUCGUCAGCACCAGCCAGCGGGUUUGGGGGCUCCAGAACAAAAUAGGCCAGAUCCAGCAGCACGCCAGUGCCCUGGACCCCAAAAAGGAGGCAGUGCCCGUGUCAAACUUGGAUAUAGAGAGCAAGCUGUCAGCCCACUAUGAGGCCCCAUGGCACCAACAACACAAUGUGUUCCAUCCUUGCACCCGACCGCCAUGUCUGGAGGAGCUACACAAAAAUGCCCAGUUCAGCCUCCGAGCCCUGCACAGAGACGAAAAACAGAAUGAGCGCUCCACGAGUCGGGAGAAGAACAGAGUAACCAUCUCCAUCUCGACGGUGCCCCCAAUACCAACCUUCCCCUCACCGCAUUCUAUUAGGCGGCAACAGAGAAGCCGGUUGGCGCGAGCGCAAGAAAGAGAAGAGCGAGAACGAGAGUUAGACUAUCAACCCAGAAAGGAGAGGAUGGUGAGAGAAACCGAAAUCCAAACCGUUCAGAGAAAACUACAGGAGAGACCAAGCAAAGAAGCAGAUAUUCAGACAGUACAAAGAAAGUUUGAGUGCUUUUACUCACUUCAUCCUAUCGACGGAUGCAUCUUUAUGCCAUGGAAUCGAAAGGCUACCUCAACGGGCAAGGGAGACGAUGAUGAGACGUUAACGGGUCACAUAGCAAAGACUUCAGCAGCUGCGGUACCCUCCACGCAAGAAAAAGAAACCAAAUGGUCAAAGGAAAACACAUCCCACUCUGAUCAGAAGACAACUUCUGAGGAUUCACGUGCCGUCUCCUCAUGUAUCAUCCCCAUCAAUGUCACAGGAGUUGGAUUUGAUAGAGAGGCCAGUGCACGCUGCUCCCUUGUCCAUUCUCAGUCAGUUCUUCAGAGAAGACGGAAGUUGAGGAGGAGGAAAACUAUCACUGGAAUACCCAAACGAGUACAACAGGACAUGGACUCAGAUGAAUCACCAGUAGCAAGAGAGCGGACAGUAAUUGUCCAUGCCAAUCCGCACCAACUCUCGCUGUGUCACGAAGACUUCUCAAUUAGUGGUCGCCUUCACCACACUCGAGACUCUGGCUGCCAAACAGAUGAUUUCCUCAUAGCAUGUACAGCUGCGCCUUCCAGGAGACGCAUUAGAGCUCAACGAGGACAUCAGGGCAUCCCAGCAUCUCUGUCCCACUCAACAGGCAACAUUUCUUCCAUCGGUGACCAGUCCGACUCCACAUACACAAAUACUGCCACUCACACCGGACGAUUGCGAUCUCGUAGUCUUCCACGAGAAGGUGGCCGUCUGAUGGACAGCGAUGAGGAUGACGAUGACAAUUACGAUGAUGAUGAUGACGAUGACGAGGAAUUGUCACCCUACGAAGCGGAGGAUUUUAUUCCUUCUGGCCCAAGUCCGAGGAUGAAAAUGAUGAUGAUGAAGGAUGAAGAGGAGAGCACUGAUGACCAGGCAGCUCCUGAGCCACUGCAACUAGGGAGCCUAAAACGGUUGCAGCGAUCUGGGGAAAGAGAUAGAGGAGGAGGGAGCCCAGAGCAUUGCUGGAUGGAGAGAGGCCGUUCUCGCUUGCCCCGCAAAGCUGACAUGGGCAGCUGUGAGAUCUCUUCAAGUUCUGAUACUUUUAGUAGCCCGAUUCACUCAGUGUCUACAUCUGGAGUACUGAGUAGCCAUGUAGACCACAAGGAAGACCAUCAGUCAUCAAGUGGCAAUUGGAGUGGUUCCAGUUCUACCUGCCCAUCCCAAACCUCUGAAACUAUCCCUCCACCUUCUUCACCACCACUUACAGGCUCAUCGCACUGUGACUCUGAGCUAUCACUCAACACUGUACCCAACACCAUAGAUGAGGGAUUUUCACUGGACCCCGCGUACCAUUCUGAGAUGAGACCUCAAGGACCAGGCCAAAGGUCGAGUUCAUUCACGUCCUCAGCAACAGACCAGCUGGAUGAUGCAGGGGUUAGUACAGCUAGUGAGGGGGAAUGGGCAUAUCCUCCAGAUCAGGACCAUCUUGACGCAGACCAAUACAGUGAACAGACCCAAAAUCUAUGUCCAGCCCAGGACUAUAACUCCAAGCAAGCUCUCGAAGACCAAACAUGUUACAGCGAAAAAAGCAACAACACUGACAAAGACACUGGCUCUCAUUACUUGUCUGAUGCAGAGGGUUACGCAUCUGAGCAAUUAGGGAAAAGUAAUCAGAGUUACAGAGACUACAUAUACAACUAUGCAGACCUAGGAACUUGUUGUGGACAAGCCAACAUCGUGGCAGCACACCCGAUAUCCCAUGGUGUUUACCCCUCAACCUCACCUGACUACAGGACAGGCACUAUGACGCUGGGAAGGCCCUGCCGUCCACUGAGGAAACCCAAACUUAAACCACCGCCGCCUAUGCGAACAUCCUCCCUGAAAGAGGCUAGUAGUAGUGUUGAUGUAGGAACAGACACACAGGCAGAUCAAGACCAACCAAAGAUGGUUAGUGAGCAAGACCUUGCAUUGUCUUCCACGGAUAUCAAGUUGGAACUGGAACUUGGAGGCAUUCCAGAACCGUUAGAGACAUCUUGUCUUGUGGCAGAGCCUAUGGGAACGUGGGUAAUGGGAUUAGGAGAAACUGUUGACAUAGUGGAACCCAUGUCCUUUAGCUCAGCAGACACACACUCAUUUAAGGAUGAAGGAGCUGUGCAAUCUGACUAUGCAGACCUGUGGCUUCACAAUACGGAGUUGAAGUCCAACAAUUGUGAGUACAAAUCCCUAUCUAACUCAAGUACAGCAACAGGCACAACUGUUAUGGAUUGUAUGAAAUCACCAGACAGCUCUUCCUCCUCCACUGACACACAAUCCCAGACUCUUUCCCAGUCUUCUGAGACGAGACCUGCUAGUCCACCUCACCCACCUGGAGACUUCAAACUUGGAUCACCUGAGAAGUUGGCUGGCCUGGCAUCCCCAUCCAGUGGCUAUUCAAGUCAAUCAGAAACACCAACUUCUACUUUGCCCUCAACUUCAGCAGCAUUCUUUCCAGGACCGCUGUCCCCCUCUACCGGCAAAAGAAAGCCUAAAGUGCCCGAGAGAAAAUCUUCUCUUUCAUCCUUGCAACACCUUCCCAGGGAUGUAACUUCUAUUGCCUCUGCUUACAAGAGAGACCCAGACUUCCCACCUCCACCUUCUCAGCUUGAUCUUAAUAUUCUUCAUGGUGGGUAUGUCAGACAUUCACUGUCACAUAGAACACCACACCUGCACACACUUCACCACAGCAAACACAGAUUAGCAAAUGUUAUUCCAAGUGGAACAAAGAUGAUAGUCAAUGACACCAUAAAUACAAAUCCCCCACCAUGUGAAAACUCUGCUGUUUUGAUUCCAAGCUCAAACUUGUUGGCGAUAACGCCAUCAAUUCUCCGUUCAGUCCAGCUUCACUCGGUAAGCAAAUCUAGCAAUGUCAUGACCAGCACAGACCUUGAGUCUACAAGUGGCACAACAACUGUUACCAAACCCAAAUUUCCUCCUAGUGGUGCCACUCUAGCACCUCCCCCAAUCAACACUAGGCCGCUUCCUCCUCGCAGACCGCCCCCUAGACCUCCAACUCAGGACCACACCUCGUCCCCUGAUCAUGCUCAGCCCCCACCACCAGGACGUCACCCCGAUGGGCCUCCAUCUUAUGAAAGCCUAUUACUUAGACAAGAUCGAUACGGGCCUGGAACGUUCUGGUCAAUGACAGCAUUCAGGACCCGUAUAGAUCCAUUUUCAGAACUAUCUGAUGACAGUUCGCCUUUGCAUCGACCAGUGCCACGAGCCCCUCAUCCUUCACCAGUGGAUCUACACACACAUAUCCGCUCACACACAGAGUUUAGAGGGCUCACGCAUUCAGCUCGCGCACACCCAGAGUUUCGGAUUUUGGGGGAACGUUCUUUUUCCCAAGAUGAUGAUGAUGAUGAUGAAGAUGAGGAAGAAGAGGAACAAGUAAAAGAAUCACAGAGGGCCACAUGUCACAGGGUGGGCAUGCGAUCAGAUCACCCUCCCCCUCCAGCCUAUGAUUUUGCCGGAGGAUCCCACCUGGACUCAGGGCCCUGGACUAGUCCAGCCAAAGUGCCUGGUACCACAGUGGAGACAUCGCAUCCUUACCUAAUCAGCGAUGCAAGAAGGGUAAGACAAGUGGUGCAGGAAGAAGAAGAAGAGACAUCAGGUGCUACCAAAAGUGCCCAUCACCUGCUGCCACAUGACAAUAAGGACGACUCCACCACCCCUGAAACAGAAGACUACUUCAGUAAAGAUUCUACACCAACAGACAACUCACUUUCCCCUUUGACGGAUGACCCCAAAUUUGAUGAUGAUAUUACAACAUCCCCCAACAAGUCCAGAACAACCGAGGAUCUGUUUGCCAUGAUACACAGAUCAAAGAGAAAGGUCCUGGGCCGUAAAGAUUCAGGAGACCUAAAUGUGAAGUCUCGUCUUUGCCCCGCAGUACCAGUGAAUCCCAACAGUGUCACCAAUGCCAUUAUGCCACCACCCCCUCCACUCAACACCCCCGUCACCAUAGCCAGUGCUUCUGGCUCACAACGUGUCCCUGUUCCAAUCUACCGCAGCGCAAAGAAAUCCAGUACAUCCAGUGAGGAGUUCAAACUACUGUUGCUUAAGAAAGGAAGCAGAUCUGACUCAAGUUACCGCAUGUCGGCCACAGAAAUUCUGAAGAGCCCUAUAACUCCAAAAACCCAUGGGGAGUCCAUUUUGGAAGGCCCCUUAUGUCAAGCUGAAGAGGCACCCUUAGUGCACCAGGAAUCACCACUUUCUAACUUAGACCCAAUCCAGAUACCAGGCCUCUUUCCCAGGGCCAACUCUGAGAGCUUCACCCCGAAAAUACUGCCUAUGACUGCUGCAUCUCGACAGGGACGUUCUCGGGUCCCACCAGUAGCCAACAGUAGUCGCUAUAGUACUCGUAGCCGCCUCUACACUGCUCCCAUGCAAGCCAUUUCUGAAGGGGAGACAGAGAACUCAGAUGGAAGUCCCCAUGAUGAUAGAUCGUCUUAA